CGCUCGUCCUCUUCCCCUCAUCACCCUACGACCAACCUCAUCACCUUACCACCAUGGCCGCUCCUGCUACAGUGACCGUCGAUGUCGAGUUCUCCGGCGGCCUUGAACUGCUUUUUGGGAAUGUCAGGCGACAUAGAGUAACGUUACCGGCAUCGAAGCCUGAUUCGGAGGGUGCAGCGAAGUCUACCCCGGACAGUGCAUCAUCGCCAACCGCGAACGCUUCAUCGUCCCCCGCGGAUGUCGAAUUCCUGAUCGACUACCUCGCAAGAAACUUGCUGAAGGAGCGCGUAGAGCUCUUUGUGGAGAAUGGGUCGGUCCGCCCUGGCAUCCUCGUGCUCAUCAACAACACCGAUUGGGAGCUUGAGGGGGAGGGGGAAUAUGUGCUGCAGCCAAACGACGAGAUCGUGUUCAUCAGUACGCUACAUGGGGGCUAGGAAGUGACGAGGAUGCAGAAGUCUCAAGGCUUUGAGCACUGAGAAAUUGUCUCGCAUGUAAAGCUUGCACGCAGCCUCCGCGAGGCACGCGUGCUCACAGGGCUCGACAUAGGUGGCAUGUCACGCUGGAGCAUGGUUCACGCCAGAUCACGCAUACGUGCCUGUAUAUUGGAUGACCUGGGCAGCUUAUGGGCAGAAUAAUAGUACAAUGAAACCAGGUAUUCAGCUCGAAAGGCCAGCAAAACCUCCUUCGACUUUCCAACUCGCGGUCCUUCGCUUCCACUUCAUCCGACACUUCUGAACCCUUCACAUCUGCUGGAUCACCUGCCCCCCACGCAGACGUUCGAUCUGACUCUGC